AUGGCGCUCGGUAUGUUGGACAUUGCGCAAGCACAAGCAUUAUACGAUGUGGCCAGGAAGUGGUUCGCAAUCGUACCGCCUCUCCAAGUGCCCAUCACUUUCUUCAUUGGCGCACCUUUCGGACGGUUCGCGCCAGAGAACGAGAGCAUAUUUCUCGUGGACGGCAUCAAGGCAUGGAUUGCCAUGGAGCUCGUUGCGCCCAUCGCGUUCACCUACACAUACCUGCAAUCUCCGCUCUCCCCGACGCAUAGUAUUCCCCCGCUGACGCUGAGCACACCCGCGACACUCCUCGCCGCCUUCUUCCUGCUGCACUACCUGAACCGCUCUCUCGUCUCGCCGCUGCGCUCCCCCGCGCGCUCCAAGUCACACAUCAUCGUCCCCCUCUUCGCCAUCGUUUUCAACGUUGUGAACGGCUGUCUCAUGGGCACGUACCUCUCGUCGCCCGGCGCGCAGACUUUCCUCGCUGAAGCCUUUGCGCGCCCGCUCUUCUGGCUCGGCGUCGGCAUGUGGGCCGCGGGAUUAGCGGGCAACGUCCUGCAUGACGAGGUGCUCCUCGAUAUUCGGCGGAAGGCCAAGGCGAAGGGUAAGGCCCGCGAGAGCAUAGGGGACGGGAAGAACAAGCAGGAGUACUACGCCAUUCCUCACGGGUACCUCUACAGCCUCAUCUCGUACCCUAACUACUUCUGCGAGUGGUGCGAGUGGCUCGGAUUCGCGCUCGCUGCAGCUCCGCUGCCGUCGUUUGCGUCGGGUACAGCGCUCAUGGCGACGCUCAGCCCCCCGUAUUUAUUCUUCCUUUCAGAAUUAUCCGUCAUGCUCCCGCGCGCCUACAGGGGCCACCAGUGGUAUCGUAGCCGUUUUCCGGACUAUCCGAAAGAGAGGAAGGCUGUCAUUCCGUUCCUGUUCUGA